AUGGAGCCCUCACCGGCUAAGGGCAAACCACAGGGUCGGUUAUUGGUGUCCACGACUCUGGACGCUAAGGAUGAGCUGGAGGAGCGCUUGGAGAGAUGUGUUGGGAUUGUCACCUCCCUGAUGAACGGGAUGUCGGAGCGUGAAGCCAACGACACCCUCACUGCACACGUGUGUAAGGGGUCCCAGCAGCACGAGGAGGUCUGUCUGGGGCUUUUCAGCCUCCUCCUGACAGAGCCGACCCAGGCACAGAGGUGCUACAGGGACCUGACCCUGGUGAACCGGGACGGGAUGAACGUGAUCCUCAUCAAGAUCAACCAGGUCCUGAUGGAGAAGUUCCUCAAGCUGCAGGACGUCUGCCGCACCCAGCUGGUGUGGUUGGUGCGGGAGCUGGUGAAGAACGGGGUUAUGGGAGCGGACGGGGUGCUGAUGACCCUCAUGAAGCAGAUAGCAGGUGGGGACAUCUCUAGUAAGAACCUGUGGCUGGCUGAGAAUGUUCUGGAAAUCCUUGUGGAUCAGAGAGAGUGGGUGCUGAAGAGUGGCAUGCUCAUCGCCAUGUCUGUGUACACGUACCUGCGGCUCAUGGUGGAUCACCACGGCACCGCCCCACUGCAGGCCCUCCGACAGAGAGAGGUGGACUUCUGCAUCGGCCUGCUCAGAGAGAAGUUCAUGGACUGCUUCAUCAUUGGGCGGGACCUGGUGAGGCUGCUGCAGAACGUGGCCAGGAUCCCGGAGAUGGACCUGCUAUGGAAGGACCUGCUGCACAACCCCCAGACCCUCAGCCCUCAGUACACUGGUCUCCUCCAGCUGCUCACCUCCCGUACGUCCCGAAAGUUUCUGGCCUGUCGCCUCACCCCCGACAUGGAGACCAAACUCCUCUUCAUGACCUCACGGGUCCGGUUCGGCCAGCAGAAGCGGUACCAGGACUGGUUCCAGAGGCAGUACCUGUCGACGGCGGACAGCCAGUCCCUCCGCUGCGACCUGAUUCGCUACAUCUGCGGCGUGGUGCACCCGUCCAAUGAGGUGCUGAGCUCCGACAUCCUGCCCCGCUGGGCCAUCAUUGGCUGGCUGCUCACCACCUGCACGUCCAACGUCGCUGCGUCCAACGCCAAGCUGGCCCUGUUCUACGAUUGGCUGUUCUUCAACCCUGAAAAGGACAGCAUCAUGAACAUAGAGCCGGCCAUCUUGGUGAUGCACCACUCAAUGAAGCCCCAUCCCGCCAUCACCGCCACUCUGCUGGACUUCAUGUGCCGGAUCAUCCCUAACUUCUUCCCCCCGUUAGAGGUGCAGGUGCGACAGGGCGUCUUCAACUCCCUCAACUUCAUCAUGGAGAAGAGGGUCCUGGCUCACCUGGCCCCCCUGUUUGAUAACCCGAAACUGGACCGAGAGUUGCGCUGCAUGCUGCGGGACCGUUUCCCAGAGUUCUGCAGCUCCCCCUCGCCCCCCACAGAAGUGAAAAUGGAAGAGUCUGCUUCCAUGGAAAUGGACAACCACGUGCUGGACAAGGAGGAUGGUUGCUACGACAACACAGAGGCCGCCUUCAGCGAUGACGAGGAGGAGCUGAACAACAAAGGCAAAAAGCGGGAAUUCAGGUUCCACCCAAUCAAGGAGGCCAUAAUCGAGGAGCCUCCUGACAUCACGCCCUUUGUGGACCAAUUGGACGAAACUGUGAGGGAAAAAGUGUUGCAGUUACAAAAAGGAAAUGACACAGAGGUUCAGUGUGAGGUGAUGCAGGAGCUUGUGGACCUGAUCCUUGAGGAGGACUUUGACACGGAGCAGAUGUCUUCGCUGGCUUCCUGUUUGGCGGAGCUGUUUAAGGGUCACUUCCGGGGCGACGUCCUGCCUGAUGAGAUCACUGAGGAGAGCCUGGAGGAGUCGGUGUGCAAGCCCGUGUGCCUGGUCUUCCGGAACCUGUGCCAGAUGCAGGAGGACAACAGCGGCUUCUCCGUCCUGCUGGACAUGCUGGCCGAGCUGUACCAGAAGCAGCCCAAGAUCGGCUACCACCUGCUCUACUACCUCAAGGCCAGCAAAGCGGCGAUGGGGAAGAUGAGCCUGUACGAGGCCUUCGCCCAGGCCACGGCGCUGGGCGACCUGCACACCUGCCUGAUGAUGGACAUGAAGGCCUGCCAGGAGGACGACAUCCGGCUGCUCUGCUACCUCACCCCCUCCAUCUACUCACAGUUCCCAGAUGAGACACUGCGCAGUGGAGAACUGCUCAAUAUGAUUGUGGCUGUCAUUGAUUCCACACAGCUGCAGGAGCUGAUGUGCCACGUGAUGAUGGGGAAUCUGGUCAUGUUCCGGAAAGACUCUGUUCUCAACAUCCUCAUUCAGUCUCUGGACUGGGAGACCUUUGAACAGUACAGCACCUGGCAGCUGUUCCUGGCCCACAGCAUCCCCCUGGAGACCAUAAUCCCCAUCCUACAGCACCUCAAAUACAAGGAGCACCCUGAAGCUCUGUCCUGUCUACUGCUGCAGCUUCGCAGGGAAAAGCCCACAGAGGAGAUGGUGAAGAUGGUGCUGAGCCGGCCCUGCCACCCGGAGGACCAGUUCACCACCAGCAUCCUGCGGCACUGGGCGGCCAAACACGACGACGUGCUGGGGGAGCACAUCAAGGCCCUGCUCAUCAAGAACAACAACCUGCCACGCAAGCGCCAGAGUUUGCGUAGCUCCAGCAGUAAGCUGGCCCAGCUGACCCUCGAGCAGAUCCUGGAGCACAUGGACAACCUGCGGCUCAACCUCAGCAACAUCAAGAACAACUUCUUCGCGCAGACGCCCAUUCUGCAGGCCCUGCAGCACGUUCAGGCCAGCUGUGACGAGGCCCACAAAAUGAGGUUCAGCGACCUCUUCUCGUUGGCUGAGGAGUAUGAGGACUCCUCCUCCAAGCCGCCCAAGACACGGCGCAAGGCGGCGGCGUCCUCCCCUCGGUCACGCAAGGGUGCGGCGCCCCCUGCCAGCAACGAGGAGGAGAGCGCUUCCAGCAGCGCCUCGGAAGAGGAAGACUCCAAGCCCAAAGCACCCAAGAGGAAGAGGAAAGGGUCAUCAGCUGUGGGCUCGGACAGCGACUGAGGCACGCCCACCCCUUAUUCCUGCCAUUGUGACAUCACUGGAGACACGCCCACCGGGGGGAGGGGGUGGAGCUUCCGCUCAAGACUGCCGCUGCUGCUACUGGCUGGAAACCAGCCGUGGAAACAUGCCCCACCUUCCCCUCACCACCCCUCUCUGCUGAUUGGCUGCUCUGCAUCUGUGGGUGUGGCUGGGAAGAGGAAGGGCUGAGAGUGCCGAAAGAACUCCAGUCACUGUGGCACAGACUUUUAGGGACAGACUCGACUGACAGACUUGAAAAGCUUCUGCCAACGCAGAGGGGAUCAUGCAGCAAGAUUUCACGAGGCAGGAGAGGAAGUGUGCCCUGUUUCCGCCCUCCCACUUCCUGCGGUGUGUCCCUGUGCGGACGUCUGCCGUUACCGCUCCGUGAAGUUUAAGAACCCUUCUGGUCCUCGAGACCCACCUCGUGUUGGUUCAGGCAAAUGACUUGGGGCGGGGUGGGGACACCGCUUCAUACCUUAAAAUGCUUUUAACUGAGAGUCGACUAGAAGUGGCCAGGUACAUAGUUACACUUUCAUGGGGAAAACAGUCCUUCUGGUUAAAAAAAAUAAUGAAUUUUACAGGAUAUUGUGGUAAUGGGAUCAAAGCUGCUGUUUGUAGUGGAAAUUGCAGGUCGUCUUUGUUUUUGUUUUGGGGAAAGGCGGGCAAAUUUGAGCCAAAAAUCAUGAUGCUCUCUGUUUGGGUUGUCGCCAUGGUUACGGGUGGGCCAGUAAGAGACAUCACAGGAAUCAGUCGGUUCAUUUUAUUACAAAGGGGACUACAACGACCAACAGAGAAACGGACUUACGAUGUGACGGCCGAGAGGUUUUUAAACACCAGUUUCUUUCUAUUGACCUAUUUUCAUAUAAAGAACAUAAAUAUAUUAAUAAAAAAAGGCCAAAAAAAUAAAUAAAACAUGUUAAAUUACAGUGGUGUUGUGUGUCUGAAAUACUACUCAUUUUCACGACCGUAGAUAUGCUGUGGGUCAGACUGAGGACAGAUAUUUUAAAAACUGUUUUAAUUCCUGUGUGUAAAUUCUUAAUUAAAUUCUUUGCAUAAAAUUGA